AUGUUUAUUAAUGGAACAAAUAGGAACGAUGUCUAUCCUAUAUCAGAACAGGCUGUUAUCACUGAAAGCAUUGCUAAUGAUUCAUUAAUCUCAAAAUAUGUGGAAGGAACACUCAGGUAUGAGAUGCUUGCCUACAGUCUUCUUUGAGACAUAAACUUUGAUUUUUGCAGGAACUAAUGUUAGGUUUCUGGCUAUCUUAAAAUUCUUCUCAGAUAGAUGAAUCAGAAUCAUUUUUAUAAUCUUCGUGCCCUAGUCUAUCCAAAUAUCUGAGCAAUGCCAGGUCUUGUCAGAAUGUAACAUUCUUGUUCUUCUAUACUCCUUCAAGAACUUAAUAUCAUUUGGAGCUUAGUUACAGGUUACUCUCAGAAUUAUUUUGACCUUUUAUAAAAGAUGUACAUUAAUUCGCCAAAAAUGUCAUUCCCAGUCAGCCCGUUUCAGGAACUAGUCUGAAGCCUUCGGCUCCUUCACGAGGAUCAUAUUUUGCUCCAAAAUUUAGAGUUCGAAGAUUAGAUAAGUAAGAAGGAGGUCCUAACCUGCUCAACGAUAAAGGAGACUACACUUAUCUCCUAUUUAUUAAACUUUUGAGGUUAUUUACACACUUCUUAGCAUCUUUUUAGUCAGCUUUGAGUCUUCCUUGUCCCUGGGCAAAUUUUAGUGGGAUUAGUCUGCCAGAUUCAAGCAGAGCCUCGGUGAAUAAUGCCUUAUCAACCUUAAGUCUAUAUACAAGUGGUUCACUGAUUAAGCCAAUUGGAGAUUCUUCACGAUAAGAUCUCUCUUUGAAAAUUGGACUCGGCUCAUUUAGCAAUAAAUGCAGAGGUUUUCUGA